AUGUCCUCCUCUCUCCUCUCGCGCUCUCUGCGCUCAUCCGUCACGCCGCAGCGUCUCCUUCGCUUCUCCAGCAGCGCCCCUGCUCCCCCGCCGCCUCCCGCCCCCUCCGCCCGCCCGCCGCCCAACAGGCACGUCCGCUUCUACCGCGACAUCCUGCCGCCCAUGGUGCGCGUGCUGGCGUACGGCAGUGCCGUCUACUUUGCCGCACAUCUCGCAUGGACGCUGCUCGACGGGCGCGAGCAGCGCGCGCUGGAGAACGAGGUGCGCGAGCGCCUCGAGGGCGACGUCAGGCAGCGCAGAGAGGCGCUCACGCAGGAGGAGAAGGGGCAGGAGCACAAGGCAGGAUGGAUGGGCUGGUUCUCAAAGUAG